AUGGAAGAUCCUUGCUUUGAGCUAACAGGCUUCAUACACUCCAACAGCACAGUGAGGAACCUCUCAGACUGGAACUGUGACUAUAGCAACAUAUUGGGAGGCUUCUGGGAUGAGGCCCUGGAGACGGGGGACCGCGCCCACCUCGCUGUCCGGGCAGUGAUUGGUGUGGCCCUGGCAGCCAUCAUGCUGGUCUGUGGGGUCGGAAACGGAAUGUUUGUCUGUGCCCUGGCGAGGUGCAAGCAACUGCGCAGCCUCACCAACCUGCUCAUCGCCAACCUGGCAGUGUCCGACCUGCUGGUAGCGCUGGUGUGCUGCCCCUUCGAGAUGCACUACUACGUGGUCAGAGAACUGUCUUGGAGCUUUGGGCCGGUCAUGUGCUCUGCUGUCACCUACCUGCGCUCCGUGUCCCUCUAUGUGUCCACCGAUGCUCUGCUGGCCAUCGCUGUUGACAGAUAUCUGGUUAUUGUCCAUCCACUGAGACCCAAGAUGAGUCUCCAAAGGGCUUGGUGUGUCUUAGCUACCACCUGGAUUCUUUCCCUACUGGUGGCCCUGCCGUCUGCCUACUUUAGCACACAAACCGUGUUUGACUCCUUCCAUGACUCCCCUGGCCACAAAACCUACUGCGUACAGAUCUGGACAGCUGACAAGGCCACACUCUACAAAUCUUACUUCCUGUUUCUCUUUGUGGUCCAGUUCCUUCUGCCUGUCUUGGGUAUGUCUGGGUGCUACGCCUGCAUUUGCCAGGAGCUGUGGUUCAAGCGUCUACCAGGUGUCCAGACGGAUCAGGUCCAGGCCCAACUAAAAGCACGUAGAAAGACUGUUAUGCUGCUGCUUGGGAUUCUGGUCACUUUCAUCAUAUGUUGGGUACCCUACUAUUGCUACUCCCUUAUCCGGGACUUCUUCCCCGGGUUGCUGUUGCGUGUUACACACUCUGUGUCCGUGUACUACUUGGUGGAAUGCAUUGCGAUGAGCAACAGCAUCAUGAACACCGUAUUUUUUGUCCUGGCCAAGCACAAGACCGGGCGCUAUGUACGGAUGGCCCUGCUCCACCGUUGCCACCUCAAGCCCUGCCCUCACACCUCUGAGCAGGCCUCCGCUGAGCCCAACUCUCACAAAAAACAGGGUCAUGUGUUCAGUGGCACCACAAGACCUGAGGCAGUGUAA